AUGUCGACAUCAUCGACUCUGGCCUCCGGCCCGGAACCCAUACAAGCGCAGCUCCUUCCAUCUCGGCCUUCUGCUUCUAUCGACCACCGAUUCUAUCCUCACAUCAUUGACAACAUCUUCUCGUAUCUGCCUUAUCCAGGUCUGAUCAUUUGCACGCAAGUGUGCCGAGAAUGGAGGGAGAAAGCGAAGCCUUUCUUUAAGCACAUUGCGAUCUUCGAGCAUGGCGCUGGUGGCCACAAUCGAACCGUGGUCAGAAGCCGCGACCUCAGCUUUCCCGGUAUGUCUGCUGUCUUGCUGUAUGACGCCUUCCCGGGUGCGGACGGUGUUUUCUCACCUGCUAGAGUCAAGAACUCAGGUGCAUUGCGAGAACGCACCACAAUCGAUGGCUACUUCAGCAUUUCGGAGCUUCCUCAAGCACGCGGUCCAAGAUCUCAGUGGCCAACGGUGUUUUACCGGCUGCUCAAUCCAUCGAUUCGCGACCGGGAUUUUUCAGACUUUCUGAGCUGUUGCUUCGACGGGGACGACGUUGUUCGCUUCGCUGAUUUCUCCCAAGGAAACUUCCUCUUGGCAGGCCAAUGUCCAGAGGCGCCGACGACGCUAGCCCUCACUAUCGACUGCUACACGAACCCGAGCAUGCCCUGUGCGGAUACAUUUUCCGGACUGGAUAGUCUGAGGGACGACUUCAGGUGCCUCGAAACCCUCACAGUCGUUCUCAUGGACUGCCAGGAUGUCGCCAAUCCCGCUGCCACGAUGAUCGCUGCAACGGGACCGGCUGAUAAAGCAACAGCACAGAGAAUAUCCGACGGCCAGAGCUUGGGAGCCACCAACCUCGGAGCCGCUUGCGAGCUUCUGUUCUACAUCUCGGAUACUGCCGCGGUCGACGAGCUUGCAGUUGUGGGGCUGGAAGGUUUUGUUCCACAGCCCGAUUAUCUGCCUUACCUCAACCAACUGUGCUCCGCUCUUGCGGACGAGUUUGGUCAUGAUUUCAGCUCUGUCACGGAAGACACUGUGCCGAGUCUAGGAAGGUUUCUCAAGUUCUACACCCACCAGCAAUACCGGGAGAUGGUUGGAAGGGAGCGCUAUCGCCUCCUCACUGAGCGCUGA